AGUCCACCUUCGUCAUGCGAAUCGUUUUCUCUCAAAUCCAAUACCACUCGCUGCUCGCUCUUGCAGGAACCUUCUGGGAUAGUCAAGCAGAUAAUUCAGCGAAGCUAGAAACGAAGUUGUUUUCUCUGAACGCCCUGGAAUUGAUGCAUAGAAGCGUGCGGAUUCUACCGAUAUGCAAAGUCCAGAACUAGUCAGCACGAUAGCAGCUGGUGCACACCUUGCAGGAUCAAGCCGAACUGAGGCAACGUCUGAUCUGAAGAGUGUUCUAACAUCAAGGCUAACUCAGUACGAACAAACCCUUGGUCGUUCGCCAACUGAUAGAUCAGACAAGACGUUGGAAGAAGUGCAGCUAGAAACCGCCUCCGAAGCCCUUCAUGUGGUCUCUCUCGUUCAAAUUCUCAUAAAUAGGCCUAACGACAAACCGAAUGAAACGCAGGAAACGAGCACAGAAGCCACUCCACAGGAUGGGUAUAUGAUCGGCACACGGGACUUAGCGUACAUGCGGACUCUCCUUUCUAUCACUGUCAAAUGGGGUCUUGAACCGUUACUACAACGGGUCACAGCAGGCAUUCCGAGUACGAUGCCAGUUGGAGCACGAAAGUCUGGCGUACAAGUCAUUGACCUGACGACAGUCCCUGAAAACUACAAGCUUCUUGUGUCGUUGAUUGAUCAACUCCUUGGGAUUAUAUUGCCUAGUGGCGUCUCGGGCCCUAUUCCUUCGACGCAUAUCAGCGUGCUUAUUUUGGACAACUACUUACCAGAUUUGUUCAAACCUUGCAUAACUCUCGGCUGGUUACCGAAAUCUCAAGCCACUGAAUCCGUCAUGCCUGUCGAUCACUUGCGCUCAGUAGUCAUUCAUCUCAUCUCCAUCUUGCCUGUAUCAAAAUCCAUCAAUGCAUUGACCUGUGUUCUAACCGAUUCCUCUAUGCUACCGUACGUUCGGAAGACCUGCAGCUUCUUGCUAGGCAGGCAACUACUCCGGCCUCAUGGUGUCCAAGGGUUAUUCAUAGGCAUCUUUGGAGAGGAGGAAGAAUCCGGUGAAACGGCGCCGUUGGAAAAGCUCGAACACGUUUCUCGUCUCCUUCAAGCGGUUCCCAAAGGUAUCCAGGAAGCGGAUUAUUAUAAGAACAUCACCUCUCAAGUGGUCGCGGUUCUGUCUUCUGUGGAUCAGACUAUGCCUUCCGCGCACAAGCGUGCGGCUGCGUUCACAUUGUCGCGAUUUCUGGGCUCCGAAGCGAACCAAAAGUCGAACAUAGCUUCUCGCAUUCUACUUCCAAUGCUUCAGCGACCAUUUCUACAGGUCACUCGUCAAUCGUCAGAAUUCAUACAAGACUCUACGAGUCAAGAGUUCUCUCCUUCAAAGGCCCUGUCCACGAUACAGACACUACUAAUCAACACUGACCCUUCUCCGACUCUCAUUUCCAGUCUCCUGACCCCGAUUAUUCCGUCCUUGUACUCGCUGCUGAGCACGCUCGAAGAGCACAGGACGUCAGACCCAGCUCUGAAGAUGACUGUAAGUGGGCUCCUCAGUACUUGGGGGAGACUUGUGGGAACCGAAGAGGGCAUUGCCUCUAUUUGGCUCGUCAUUGAAGGGGAAGGAGGAUAUUGGAAGGUUGACGUCGCGGGAGAAGUCACUAGAAUCGAAGAAAGUGAAAACCGUCUGCAUUCGUUAUCACUCUUCACCCCUGAAGACGUGCGGAAGGCGGAGGAAGCUGGAGAAUUCGACGCCGAUGCGAACAUAUUGCACUUACGGCCUGAUCCUGUACAUUUUGUACGGUAUCUAAAGUCGAUAGACCGUCCAGAUGUUACCAGUGAUAUAUUCGUCAAAUUGCUGGAAGCAUAUCGAGGGAGCAAAGGCACGUCGGAUAGUGACCCUAUGAGAACGCUUUUGUACUUGCAAAUAGUCAUGCAGAUCCAAUCCCAGCUUUCAUCAGAUGACUCCUCUAUGAACAUAUUGAAGAAACCAGGUCACAUUCUCACAUUCAUCAAACACGCAUUGGAGACAGCCACAGCUGCACCCGUUGCAACUUCUGCUAUGCGUCAACCGAAAUUGAAAUCUUCUGGAGUGCGGAUGGAGGACCUUCGGAUAGUUGAAGAGGAGGAGCCAGAAAUUGAAGAAGCCGAUAGUGACAACGAGGCCGAGGCUGCCAGUGAUGUUGAGUCGGGGGAAGAUGAUAUGACUGCCACAGCUGUGAACUUGCUCCUUUCCAUAUUGGAAGCGAAUCCUGACCUCUCCAUACAAACAACGCCAAUCCUGGAUGAGAUGUUCGACUUACUAGAUCGUCUGGCAAAAACUGGCCCUGAAAACAUCAAGCCUCUAGCUAGAGAGGCGAGGAUGGUCCUGAUAGCCAGAUUAGCUUCUUCUUCGACUCCUUCAGCCAGUGCGAAGUCAAGGCGGACACCUGCCGAAGAGUCGGCUCAGGAGACGUACCAGAAGGCGUUAAAGCUUCUUCAAGAUCCGCUACUGCCCGUGAGAGCCCAUGGACUUCUGCUUCUUCGCCAAUUAGUAUCGUCUCGUUCGACAAAAGAGGGAAAGUUGGAACCGCCUGCCAUAGAUCGUGCACUUAUUCCCGGAAUACUGUCGAUAUUUCUGCAAUCAUUGCAGGAUGAUGACUCUUACAUCUUUUUGAACGCAGUACAGGGGCUCUCUGCGAUGGUAGAUGGAUUCGGCAAGGACACUCUGAAGGGCUUGCUGGAUUUGUAUGCCCAGGGCUUGGAGGGGGUGGGCGGAACUGCCAUGACCAAACAUGAUGUGGAUCAGCGUACUCGAAUCGGAGAAGCUUUGGGCCAGGUUAUCAGACGGUGCGCAGAUGCGCUUCCGGUAUACGCUGACGUCUUGGUUCCUCCGCUAUUCAGGAUCGUCCGGACAUCUUAUCUCCCUACUAUUCUACGAACAUCUGCUCUGUCUCUUCUUGCGCAGUGCGCCAAUACGAACACCUUGGCAUUGCUACCGUACACAACUGAGCUAAUCGAAGCGAUGAUUGAUCUACUACAAAUCGAAUCCGUCCCCGUGAAACCUUCGGCUCCUCAUGCAGGACCCGAAAAGCAAUUUGAUAUGCCUGCAGAGAAGGAAACGAGCAAAGCGACUGUGGAUACACAACCAACCGCUGCCAACUCCAAGUUUCCCCCUUUGCGGCGUGCUGCUCUGUACUUCCUCUCAAUGCUUACAAGGGCAUAUAUUGAACAAAUGUCGGAUGUUUGCACUCGCGUGACGUAUAUCUUACCAGCGCCGCUGGUACGCCGAGCGAAGCUUACUGUGGGGUAUGUUGCUGUUACGGAUGAAGAUUCAGUCGUCAGGGUCAUGGCAAAGGAGGUCUUGGAAGGCUUCGAUGGAAUCGACGAAGGCAUGCUGGGAAUUUGAAGACUGGUCUGGAUAUAUUACAAUUACAAAACCUAUGUCGCGAACGAACGAAUAAGAAGUCCGGAAAGGAAUACAAACUGCUGUGUGCAUUCAGACAAGAAGCAUCGCCUUACUCUUCUACCGGCUGCCACUUCUCGACAAUGCCCAAGUUUAUCUUCAUGAACAACUCUUCUCUCCACGAAAUGGAGGGAACAGAGUUCGCCUGUGAAUUUGAAAACGUGAUGGGAAGCAUUCUGGUUAUAAUUGGGCGGCGUUCCCCAGGCAGAAAGACAUUCAAGAAUACCACUCCUGCCCCAUAACUCCACCAGUCUGUCUGCAACGAUCGUUCUUCGUAUUGUCUGCGUUUGUUUAGGAGUUCUUCAUAACCUUCGAAUCUUCGGCGCAUGAAGUCCAAAUUACACUCCAUGACUCUUUCGAUCUCGAAGGCCAGCGGAGCCGGCUGUCCAGCUCUAUACCGAACACUGAGAUGCAGACCCCAAUCACGCUGACGCUGAGGAUGACUUGGAAGGUCCAAAGAUGAAACCAAAGCGUCCGAGAGUGUCGGCAUGUGUUUGUGUAUCCAAGACGUAAGAAGGGGAUAUAAAUCUUUAGUACCCUUCUGGUCUGCAUUCGGCAAAGAACUGAGAAGAGAUAUUGCUUCCUGAUGUCUCUUGCAGUCUGGUUUGUGAUUCUCCCAGUCAUUUCGCUGAUGUUCCAGCGACUAGUCAUGGACACAGUCAACUCAUAACUCUCAACGAGAAUCUCCUGUGACAACGCACACAGUACCGUGCACAUCUACACCCGGAACAGAGGGGCAAGCGAGUGUCCUGCGCAGUCCGUUGAUUCAUACAGUCCACCCAAGCACAUUGGUCGUAAGAAUGCAGUUUGGAACCCAGCCCGAAGUUGGGGGAUAACUAAGAAUAACACCAUGUAAGUUAAGGAAACACUAUAACACGACAGAGAAAACCAGAAACUUGGUUGCUAUACCUUCGGUUUGUCCUGUUCAGCGGCUCCAGACUCAUGAGAUACGGUGUGGGAUUUCAUGGUAGUGGUCAGGAAAGUGAACAAACAGGAGUGAUCGAGCCUUAGGUCAAAACCCCUGAGAUGAGAGCUGACGUAGUAAUAUUCAAUCAUGAUUACUGUACACG